AUGUUAGUUUAAGAAGAAGAUUAUUUAUUCGACACCGAGUUCACUAUUGCCACAAAAACUAUUCAUAAAAGAUGUGACUAAGCUUAUGGAGCAGUGAAUCCUCCAAUUUACAUGAGUUCAACAUUUGAAUUGAAAGAUGUAGACUCAUUUGGGAAAGGUUACUUUUACACCAGAUGUGGGAACCCUACUCGAACAGUAGUGGAAGAAAUAGUAGCAGAAAUAGAACAAAACAACUAUGCCAUAGCUUUCAGUUCAGGAAUGGCUGCAAUUCAAUGUGUGAUCAACCUCCUGAAAGAGGGAGAUGAGAUGCUUGCUAUGGAUGAUCUUUAUGGAGGAACAAUUGGCUAUUUAAAGGCCAUUGCAAUGGAUAAACAUGGAAUUAAAGUUAAAUUUGUAGAUAUGACAAAUAUAGAUGAAGUGAGAAAGCAAAUGAACCAAAAUGUCUAGCUAGUUUACUUGGAAACUCCAACUAACCCAACUAUGAAAUUAACUGAUAUUAAAGAACUUUGUUAGGUAGUCAGAUAAAUUAAAAAUAAUGUAAUUGUUGCAGUCGAUAAUACAUUUGCAACACCCUACCUUUAAACACCCUCAAACUUAGGAGCCGAUAUAACAUUAAACUCAGGCACAAAAUAUCUAGGAGGACAUUCAGAUAUCAUAUUUGGUACUCUGAGUUGCAGAAAUAAAGAAUUAUAUGACAAUUUAUUUAAGAUUUCCUAUCUAACAGGAGGAUGUCCAAGUCCAUUUGAUUGCUACUUAGUAACAAGAAGUUUAAAAACUCUUGAAGUCAGAAUGAAAUAAUAAAUUAAGAAUGCUUAUAUUUUGGCUAAGUACCUUGAGGGCCAUCCAAAAAUAGAAAAGGUACUCUACCCUGGAUUAGAGAGUCAUCCUCAGCACGAUUUGGCAAGAAAAUAAAUGAGAGCUGGAGGAGCGAUGAUUAGUUUUUAUAUUAAAGGGGGAGCUGCUGAAGCAGAAAGAAUGAUGAAGGGACUUGAAUUAUUCACUAUGGCUGUAAGCUUGGGAGGAGUAGAAAGUUUAAUAUAAAUUCCAGCAAAAAUGACUCAUUCAGGCUUAACUGAGGAAAGAAGACAAGAACUUGGAAUCACUUAAAAUCUCAUACGACUUUCAGCAGGUUUAGAACAUGUUAGCGAUUUAAUUAAAGAUUUAGAACAUGGAUUCAAGAAUAUCUGA